CAGGGCAGGAGCCAGCCGCCGGCCCGGGAGCCCCGGCCUGGGCCCGCCCCCUCGGCGCCCGGCACGCCCGCCCAGCGCCGCCUUCCGGCCCCUGUCCUCCGGCUCGGCUUGGGCGAGGUGUGCUCGGCGGCGCGGGCCGGCCCCGGAGGCUCUCGGCUAGCGCGGCGCGGGAACAAGUGGGCGAGGAUGCCGUACGAGAUCAAGAAGGUGUUCGCCAGCCUCCCCCAGGUGGAGCGGGGCGUCUCCAAAAUCCUGGGAGGCGACCCCAAGGGCAACAAUUUUCUGUACACCAACGGCAAGUGCGUCAUCCUGAGGAACAUCGACAACCCAGCCAUUGCUGACAUCUACACGGAGCACGCCCACCAAGUGGUGGUGGCCAAGUACGCGCCCAGCGGAUUCUACAUCGCCUCUGGAGAUGUGUCUGGGAAGCUGAGGAUCUGGGAUACCACGCAGAAAGAUCACCUCUUGAAGUAUGAGUACCAGCCUUUCGCUGGGAAGAUCAAGGAUGUUGCUUGGACCGAAGAUAGUAAGAGGAUCGCCGUGGUGGGUGAAGGAAGAGAGAAGUUUGGAGCCGUCUUCCUGUGGGACAGCGGCUCUUCCGUGGGCGAGAUCACAGGACACAACAAAGUCAUCAACAGCGUGGACAUCAAGCAGAGCAGGCCAUACAGGCUGGCAACAGGGAGUGACGACAACUGUGCCGCCUUCUUUGAGGGACCCCCGUUCAAGUUCAAGUUUACAAUUGGAGACCACGGUCGCUUUGUCAACUGUGUGCGGUUCUCUCCUGACGGGAACAGGUUUGCCACAGCCAGUGCCGAUGGCCAGAUCUACAUCUAUGAUGGGAAGACAGGAGAGAAAGUGUGCUCUCUGGGAGACGGCAAGGCCCACGACGGAGGAAUUUACGCUAUUAGUUGGAGUCCGGAUAGCACUCACUUGCUUUCUGCUUCCGGAGACAAAACCUCCAAGAUUUGGGAUGUCAACGUGAAUUCUGUGGUCACCACAUUUCCCAUGGGCUCCAACGUCCUGGAUCAGCAGCUGGGCUGCUUAUGGCAGAAGGACCACCUCCUCAGUGUCUCCCUCUCGGGCUACAUCAACUACCUGGACAAGAACAACCCCAGCAAGCCCCUGCGCGUCGUCAAGGGUCACAGUAAAUCGAUCCAGUGUCUGACAGUGCAUAAAAACGGCGGCAAGUCCUACAUCUACUCGGGGAGCCACGACGGGCACAUUAAUUACUGGGAUUCAGAGACUGGGGAGAAUGACUCCUUUGCUGGGAAAGGCCACACGAAUCAGGUGUCCAGGAUGACCGUGGAUGAGUCUGGGCAGCUUGUCAGCUGCAGCAUGGACGACACGGUGCGGUACACCAACCUCACGCUGCGGGACUACAGUGGCCAAGGAGUUGUGAAACUGGAUGUCCAACCAAAGUGUGUAGCUGUUGGCCCUGGGGGAUAUGCUGUGGUCGUGUGCAUUGGGCAGGUGGUGCUCCUGAAGGACCAGAAGAAGUGCUUCAGCCUCAACAACCUUGACUACGAGCCCGAGGUCGUGGCAGUGCACCCCAGCGGUGAUUCAGUGGCUGUUGGGGGCGCGGACGGCAAUGUCCGUGUGUACAGCAUCCUGGGCACCACGCUGAAGGACGAGGGCAAGCUCCUGGAGGCCAAGGGCCCUGUGACGGAUGUGGCCUAUUCCCACGAUGGCGCCUUCCUUGCUGUGUGUGAUGCCAGCAAGGUCGUCACGGUGUUUAGCGUGGCCGAUGGCUACUCGGAGAACAAUGUUUUCUAUGGGCACCACGCAAAAAUCGUCUGCCUGGCCUGGUCACCAGACAAUGAGCACUUUGCCUCUGGGGGCAUGGACAUGAUGGUUUACGUCUGGACCCUGAGUGACCCCGAGACCAGAGUCAAGAUCCAAGAUGCACACCGACUACACCAUGUGAGCAGCCUGGCCUGGCUGGACGAGCACACCCUGGUCACGACCUCGCAUGACGCCUCUGUCAAGGAGUGGACAAUCACCUACUGAGGAGCCCGGCCUCUGCCCGACCGAAUCAGGGACUAGCGUUUCACUGCAGCCCGUCAGAUUUCUCUAACUGUCUCUGUAACAGUCCCCGCCCCGCCCCAGCGUGGGGAGCCCCUCCGUGAGUACCCCGUGUCUGCAGGGAGCUCGUGUCUGUACACAUCCUUCUGAAAGCUUUAGACAGUGACUGUUUGCACAUGGAAAAUAAAGCAAGCACUUGAACAAAGUGUGGAGCGUAACUAAACCCACAGCCCAACCAGACCUUGAGGAUGUGGAACAUUCCAGAGGCACAGCCUCAGAAGCACAGCCAGAGACCCCAGGCCCCCUGCCUUCCGCUGUGGCACUCGCUACCCAUAGGGAGGUUGUACAGAUGAGCGAGCCGUGGCUCCCACCUGCUAGCUGCAGCACAGUGCUGUUCUGGUGAGAAGGGAGCACUGUCGAGCCCGUGUCCGGCUCUUCCCUGGCGUGUGCAUGUCACAGCAGGCAGAUGCCCCCAGGAAGCCGCCUCCAGACCCCUGGGGACGAACGCAUCACCCUGGAUGAAGUUUCAUUGUCCGGUUUUGUGCUUGGUUUUAAUAAUGGAGUUGUGGGAAUUUUUUUUUUUCCUUUUUUUAAUGUAACUUAGCUGUUGCCCGUCGGUGUUUACAAGCUGGUGUACUGGCGGCACGGGCCCCAGCAUUCAGAGCCCCUGUUAGCCGGACUGAGGUAUCCUGGCAACCACUCAUCAUGCUUUGGUGUUUUCCUGUCUUUCUCUCUGCUUUGGCCCCCAACAGCAAAGAUUAAUUUAAGGGCAAAGAUAAUGUCGCUGUAACCUAAUCUGUUACCGUUUUACCUUUCUUUUUCAGUGCAGAAAUUAAAGUAAGUAUAAAGCACGGUGGUUGGGCAUUUCUUUGCGUGUGUCGGGAUCACUGGUAAAUGUUGGCUGAGUACAAUCCCUCUCCCUUGCACUUGUGAAAACACUUUGAGCGCUUUAAGAGAUUAGACUGAGAAAUAAUUAAAUAUCUUUUCUCUUCA